AAAAGACAGUGAAGGUAUGUAAAGCAGUACUUGGCAAUAAUACAGAGGUCGCUGGCUCCCGCCACCUCCUCAACCUUCCCCCUUCUUGCGCCGCCAUUCGUUGGACCGGCCGUUCUUUCCCUGUUCCGGGGAAUCGCCCUGAAUCCAUUACAAGAUGAGUGAGAGUCUACAGCUGCGUGGGUACCUGGUGGGACACAAUGGCUGGGUCACACAGAUCGCCACCAACAGGAAUUUCCCCGACAUGAUUCUGUCUGCCUCCAGGGACAAGUCCCUGAUCCUGUGGAAGCUGAUCAGGGAGGAAAACCACUACGGGAUCCCUCAGAAGAGGCUUCACGGCCACUCCCAUUUCAUCUCUGACGUGGUGCUCUCCCUUGAUGGCCACUUCGCCCUCUCCGGCUCCUGGGACAAGACCCUGAGGCUGUGGGACCUGGCUGCCGGCAAGACCACGCGCCGCUUUGAAGAUCACAACAAGGAUGUGCUCUCCGUGGCUUUCAGCGCCGACAACCGCCAGAUUGUGUCCGGCUCCAGGGACAAGACCAUUAAGCUGUGGAACACCCUGGCCCAGUGCAAGUACACCAUUCAGGAGGACGGCCACUCCGACUGGGUGUCCUGUGUGCGCUUCUCCCCCUCCAACAGCAACCCUAUCAUUGUCUCCUGUGGCUGGGACAAGGCCGUCAAGGUGUGGAGUCUGACCAACUGCAAGCUCAAGACCAACCACUAUGGCCACACUGGGUACCUGAACACAGUCACCGUGUCCCCUGAUGGCUCCCUCUGUGCCUCCGGUGGAAAGGACGCCAAGGCCAUGCUGUGGGACCUGAAUGAUGACAAGCACCUGUACACCCUGGACCACACUGACACCAUCAACGCCCUCUGCUUCAGCCCCAACAGAUACUGGCUCUGUGCUGCCACUGGCCCAUCCAUCAAGAUCUGGGAUCUUGAGGGUAAGAACAUGGUGGACGAACUGAAGCCUGACGUGAUCGCCCCCAACCUGAAGACCGAGCCCCCACAGUGCCUCUCCAUGGCCUGGUCAGCUGAUGGCCAGACACUCUUCGCCGGCUACAGCGACAGCAGGAUCAGGGUGUGGCAGGUCAGCGUCACCUCCAGGGCAUAAAGCUAAUAAAGCACCUGGGUUUA